CCCUCUCUAAGUUGGCAACCCCAAACCCAAAAAUCCCUUUGCCUAACCCUAGCCCUAAUCCUAGUUUUCGUUGAAAGUUAUGGGAACGCUGAUCGGUCAAACCCUAGGGAAAGCAGGUCGGAUCGCGGCCGCCGACGGCCGCUCCGUCAAGCGGACCAAGAGGCGGGUGACGGCGGGUAUGCACGACUUCUUGACGUUCCCGUCCACCGGCGACGAGCCCUCGAGCGGGCUCGAGGGGCCGUUCCGGAAGAACGUGCGGGCCUUCGUCGCACGGUGCGGCCGGAGAGUCCCGCCGCAUGCGGUGCUCGCCCGGCCGCAGCUGGCGACGUGGAGGGUGGCGUUCCGCCUCGGCGGCGAGUCGGAUGGCGGCGGGCCGCCGGCCGUCGAGGUCGACGUGGUCGAGGAGGACGUCGCCCGGUCGAAGAAUGUCUAUUGCGACGAUUGCCGCGUCGUCGGUAAGAAUCCGAUCUCGGCUGGUCCGUCGCCGAUCUUUAUUGCUUUAAUAUAUCGAUGGCUGUGAUUGCAUCUGAUCAAAA